GAAAACUCACGUGAGGUGAUAUCUUGUUUCGUUGUCAUCUUAGUAGUAAGGUGAGUUUGUUAGUGAAUGAAUGUUGCCAAGGCUCUGCGUUGACACAAAUAUGGUGAAGAUCUUUAUUGGAAACCUCCCUGACGAGGUCGAGAAGGAUGAGAUCGAGGCUCUGUUUACUCAACAUGGCACAGUGACAGAAUGUGCAAAGUUCAAAAACUAUGCCUUCGUCCACAUGGAUGACCGUAAGUCUGCCACCAAAGCCAUCCGCAGCCUGCACCUCUCAAAGCUUCAUGGCAGGCCAAUCAAUGUGGAGCCAAGCAGGGGAAAGAACCAGGGUCCGGUGAAACUUCACGUGGCUAACGUGGAGAAAGGCGAUGAAGAUGCGCUCAGCACCUUGUUUGAGGAGUAUGGCACAGUCACAGAAUGUGUUGUUGUCAAAAACUUUGCUUUUGUCCACAUGUCCAACUCCGAUGAGGCCAAGGAUGCCAUACAGGGAUUAGACAACUCUGACUACCAAGACAUCUUAACGUUCAGUUAUCAAAAAGACGUCCCAGACGGGAGGAAGAGGAUUACGGCCCCCCACCAAAUAGUGGUGCAUACUGGCCAGCACCUCAUGGCUACCCUGUGGACAGGGGGCAGCCUGAACCCCCUCAUUACAGAGGUCGCAUGUCAGGGGGGUACCCUGGCCUCCCUUCAUCACCUUCCCCUAGAUGAGCCCCAUACCCACCCGAGCGUGCCUAUGAGAGGGAAAGCUACGCGGUGGUGGAUUACUAUGAGAAGUACAGAGCUCGCCCUGCCCCUUACGGUGGCUUCUCAGGCUAUGGAGAUGAGAGGCGCGUUGGCUCCAUACCCCCACCACCACCCCCUUCUGUCAUGGUUAGGGCGCGCCUUGCGGCCUCCUCUCUCGACCCGUAUGAGCGUCACCCCCUCCCACCUCUGUCCUACUACGCCCGUGACCGCAGUCCCAUCAGGAGACCCUCUCCUCCCUCCAUGCCCCGCAUGGGUAACGGCUACUCCUAUGAACGCUUCCGGCUCUCUCCUCUGUCCAGGCCUGCAAUGUACAACCUACCACGUACCAGGGACCCCUACGCUGACAGGGUCCCUCCACUGCCUCCUGCACGCUACUCUUACUGAACGCUCACUGGUGUUUGACUCAAGGCCUCGUGUUCGUUCCUUGCAUAAGAGGUUGUGCUAUGCACACGUCCUCGAUGUGAGCACAGGAGAGGGCAUCCCGGGUGCGGCCCUUUGGUCUGGGGUGGUUCAGAGACGUCUAGAGAAAUUACAAGGUUUCUCCAUUGUCCUGGGCCAAGAGGUCAUCAUAGCAACAUUUCGCCAGGACUGUCCGACCUCUCGUCUGCGAGACUACGAUGACAUUCCCACACCGCGGAUCCUCCAUCUGUCACUCCUGAAGCCUGUUGACAUCACAGCCUCCUUGGAUACUGUGCUGCUGUGUCUCUGUGUACAGCCCUGUAUACUGGGAAUGAGAUGUGCUGCCUCUAACCCAGCUGGACCUUCUCCAGAAGAACAGCUCCCACUCUCUGGAUCUCUCACAUAGGAGAAACGGCUACCUCAUCCACCAGGCCUCUCUGUCCGACUCUGGAGUCUACCGCUGUUUCCAGGAGGGGCGGCUGAGAGGGGGUUACCUCCUGCAGGUAGAUGAGCACGAACGCAUUCAGGCCCAAGUCGCGCUGGGCCAUACUGGCUUCAGAGCUAGUUGCCCUGUCUCUCUUCUCCUUCUCUGCCUUCAUAGUUCUAUUUCUGGUUAAAUUUGCCAGGCAAGCGAGUGGGAGAGGGGUUGAAAGUCACCUAGGGAUAGGGGACCUCGCCAAUAUGUCUUCACCGACUUCAAGUCCGUUCAUUUGAAGUUACUAUGGCCUAUUGUGAUUCAGCUAGGCACACAAUGAAUAAAUAUGAGUGUGAGAAGAUAUGAACAAUUGAAAUGUUACAUUGUUUGACUGGUUCACUAACUUCAGCUCCAAGAUAGAGAAAAUAGGGGUCAUAUCUCACAUGCAGGUAGACUAAAACAUAUACAGGUAUAGGCAGUUUUUCAGAAUGUGCCUUUGUUCCUCACAGGUAAAAUGUGUUGCUUGUACUUGCCAAAGCCUUUAACAUGAUAAUCAAAUAAAACAGUUUAAUUAUUAUAAUCAACAUUUAGAAAACGGUGACAAAACAAUAUCCUUCCCCCACCCUAACCUUGUCCUUCAUUGAAUUCUGAUACUUGCUCUUAUUUGGGUAUCAUGGAAAAGGGUAAUAUUCACAAGCUUUAGUUUCACAUUUAAAAAAAAUAUAACGUAACAGUCUGAAUAAUACUUGAGUGGGUUGUAAGGUAGAAUAUUAAAACAUUUGAGGUACUGAUAGCUUGGCGCCACAUAGUCAACAUUUUGAUUUAAGCUUUCAGAAUGUUUAACAUCAGCAUUUUUCAAGAAAACUGCUUCUAGUUAAAGAGAAAAGAAUACAAUAUAAUCAAAAUAAUAUGGCUGUUAUUGUAGUAAAACUAAUCUAUGAAAAACUCAAUGCACGAUUGCCUCACUGGGUCCUCAGCCUAGUGCUUGUGUCCAGAGGCAAUAUGCGGUGUGUGUGUGUGUGUGUGUGUGUAUAUAUAGAGGCCUGCAGGGGGUGGUAGAGCUGGAUCUGGAGGAAGGUCAUCAACUCCUUGGUUUCCACGGUGUGAGACACCAUGAUGGGUCUAAUGAUGGCUGAUGCAAUUGAAGGGAUGUUGUCUUUCACUUUCAGGUUCACUUGGUCUAAGAGAAAACAGAGAGGAAUAUUCAAUUGAUUACUUUUUGUUAUUCUGGCACUAAAUAAAUUAAUACUGGACAGAAUAACAGCGCAGAUAGGAUGUCAGUGAUGCAAUGAAAAACAAUUUCUUCAUAGGGACAAUGUUCAGGGUAUUUCCUUAAAGCAGUACAAAAUUAAGGUGCUUUUGAUAUUUGCUUUAACAUUUUUAGUUAUGAGACAUGUCAGAAUUGCAUCAUUCCACACACUCAGCCUCAGUCAGCAUUUCCUCAAACGUUCACUGGUUGAAAGUCAUUCCACUGUGCUUUGAAUGUAGCCUUUUUCAUAGAGGUGUUCAUGUUACAUAUCAUAAUCUGCAAAUGUUGUAAGCACUAACAAGACUAGCUUAGUUUAAGAUUUUACUAAACCAUUCUGAAUGUUCACUUCCAAAGUUUUAUAUCUAUCUUACCUGUAAAGUUGGGUAAGCUGACCGAGGUAAAGACAGAUUAAGGUUGGAUAUUUGACGGAUAUUCACCUGUAGUUUUCCUUACGUCCACCAACAGCAGUGAGGGACCGUCAACAUAGUGACAAAUCUAAUUCUUCUCAUUUCAAUAGCUCUUUAACCAUUACUCCUAAAACUUUCAAACCUGGUUCUAGCUAAGCCGAUGGCAGAGACGCAUUGUACACACUAUUGUUUUGUCGAUUUACAUCUCGCACUAUUUUAAAUUAUAGAAAUAGAAUUUCAAUAGCUCCUUGGUCAUGUGACCUACUGACUUCAAACAGGGUUCAGAAUGUAUACUCAGUGGCCCUACACAUUGCACAUCCUUUAGUUAGUCCAUUUUCAUCUCACACGUUUUUACAUGAAUUACAUUUUUUUCAAUGUUUCUCAUUUCAAUUUCUCCUUGGUAAUGUGACCUACUGACCUCAAACAAGGUUCAGAAUGUCCACUGACUACCCAUAUAUAUUGCACACCCUUUAGUUUGUCCAUUUUCAUCUCACACGAUUAUACAUGAAUUUUGUAAACAUUAUAAUUUCAAUAGCUCUUUGGUCACUCACACACACGUUCACUUGGGCCUUCUCCCUGGGGCCUUCAUGACCUCCAGGCAGGCACUCUGACUCCUGGCCUCUAGGCCUACACUCCCUGCCUGCCUGCCCUCUCCCUGGGCCUGAGAGUAUAUAGCUUACUCCCUGGAACUACAGACCUCCAGGCCUCCACACCUACUUUCCCUCCCCGGUCAACACCCCUCUCACUUGGCCUUAGAGUGUAGCUUACUCCCUGGAAUUACUAAGAUGUCUACAGUCCCGCUGUCAGGAACCACGUGCACAAAGCCUGUAACGGGUUACCAGUUGCAUGUGGUUCCUGACAGCGGGACUGUAGACGUCUAAUUCGAAACAGGCUCUGUGCACUUGGUAACCCGCCUGCUUUUUUCUGCUCAGAGAGUAAGUAUCCAACCCAACCUCCACCGCCUGAGUGCUGCCCCCAGCCCCUGCUCGGAGUCUGAGUGCCCCCGGCCUUGGGAGGCACUCACCUGCCAGAAGAGGCUAUCCUGGUGGCCGAGGCCUCCUACUUAUUCUACACCUCAUGUCUCUUCACAGUGCCAGACUAGAGUCAAGCUCAACAGGGUCUUUCCCCGCUGAUUCCGUCAAGCCCGUUCCCUUGGCUGUGAUUUCGCUAGACAGUAGGUAGGGACUGUGGGAAUCUCAUUCAUCCAUUCAUGCGUGUCACUAAUUAGAUGACGAGGCAUUUGGCAACCUCGACUCUUAAUUAUGUCCCGCAGUUUACCCCCGCUUCAUCGAAUUUUCUCACAAACCACCCCGGUGGCGGUUUGAGUGCGACUGUGGAGGGUAGCAUGCUACAGUCAUAUCAUCAAAUUGACAUCCAUUCGAGUCAUGGCCGUUGGUAUCAUCAGAGGCUUUUGUCUUACAAACUGCACAUCAGUCGCCGCUACUAACCUUCAGCAGACUUUAACUGGGUUUUUACACCCAAUCGACAUCAAGAGCCAGUGCAAUGCUUAUAGGCUUGAGAACCAAAUACCCCUCGCAGUAUCUAUUGGCACCAUUGACCGGGUGUCGGAAGAAGCAACAGAAAAUAAUCAUCCCCUUUCAAUCGUUUGCUUUCCCAGUCAGCCCUCCGGGACAGAGCCAUAGGAACCACCUUUACCAGCGCUUCAUUGAUAUUCCUCACUUUGACAUGAGGGGGUCAGUCACCCCACGGGUGAUUUGAGUGUGACCGCGACAGGUGGGUACGCUCCUUUUUGAAUUUCAUCAAGUUGACAUUCAGUGAUCCUUGCCCAGUGGGAACCUAGGCUUCUUCUGUCUGUUUUAUGGUUCUGCAGCAAAUCAAUGGGCGUGGAUGGUACUACCCACAUCAGAUCUAGGCCUCCCUCCCCAGACAAAUUCCCCGGCCCGACCGACCCUGCCAUUAGAGCCAAUCCUUAUCCCGGAUCUUUUUUGCCAACUUCCCUUACCUACAUUGUUAUAACGUGCCAGAGGCUGUUCACCUUGGGAGACCUGCUGCGGAUAUGGGUACGGCCCGGCAUGAGAUUUACCCUCUCCUCCGGAUUUUCAAGGGCCAGGGAGAGCUCACCGGACGACGCCGAAACCACAAUGAUUUCCAAGGCCCCUCUCUCGGGGCGAACCCAUUUCAGGGUGCCCUGCCCUUCACAAAGAAAAUAGAAAACUCCCUGGGGCUCCCACCAGCUUCUCCGGGAUCGUUCGCGUUACCGUACUGGAUGCCUCGCGGCGCUGAUCUCCGCCAGUCCAUGGACAUUCUGAAAGUAGUUUGAGGUCAGUAGGUCACAUGACCAAGGAGCUAUUGAAAUGUUAAAAGUUAGUAAAAUCAUGUGAGAUAAAAAUGGAAAAACAAGGGUGUGCAAUAUGAAGGAAGUCAGUGGACAUUCUGAACCUUGUUUGAAGUCAGGUCACAUGACCGAGCAAUUGAAAUUUGAAUGUAAAAAGUGCCCUUUUGUUUACGCUCCCUAACUAAUUCAACUAGGAAUACAAAAUGCUGCUCACAUUUCCACAUGUUUAUUAGCUUUGGAAAGCAAAUGAAUGUCCAAAUUGUGAGAAUAAGACCUGUGCAAUGUUGUGCGCAAUAUUUCCAACAUCAUGACACUUACUUGGUGUCUGUGGCUCAAGUGGAUUGAGGUUUGAAAGAGUGAAUAUCCAACUUGAAAUGGUCUUUAUCUCAGUGGUAAGAAUAAUUGUUUUUCCCGCAGUGUCUCAAAAGGUCAGGCUCCAGUAAAACUGUGUCCGACGAUUGACUUGCUUUGUCUACUUGAACGGGUACAACGAAUUGUCUACUGACACGCCAAGUUGUGUGCCAACUAUAACGAGUGUUGGAGGAAACUGGCCAGCAAAAAAACGGUGAAAGGACGAUCGUUACGUCAGCCAGCAGCACCCGAAAUAGCACCCCCAGUGGCAGACUGCUGUUUUUUUUAUUUAAAUGUUUUAUUUUUUUAACAAACAAAAGAGGAAUAGUCACAUGCAUACAAACAAACUAUUUACAUUGCCAGGAAUCCUAAACAAACAAAUCAUAUUCAUUAAUAAUACUACAAGUUUUAAUUGCCUUUUUGUUUUUCAUUUUAGUUAGUGUUGCCAUAUUGUUUAAACUCGUUUAUAAAGUGAAAAAGGUUAGGUUUUGAAUUAGACCAUUUGCAUUUGAGAAUAUGAAAUUGACCUAGUAUUAUUAGCAGUUGAAUUAAAUAUACUAUAUCUUUAUCUGUCAGAAUUUCUGAAAUAAAUCAUAUCAAAACCAUUAUAGUACAA